AUGGGCAGAGCAGCGAGAUGGUUUAACGGAUUAUUUAGCACGAAGAAGAGCAGAGAAAGAAUGAGUCGCGUUUCCGGCAAUGAUUCUGACAAAGGCGGUGAAGGUACCGGUUACUGCAAUCUCCCGGCAGAUCCUUUUCGGUUGAGAACUUUUCUGACGGGUAAAGAGAAGGAUCAGAACAAGCACGCAAUUGCGGUUGCAACCGCUACUGCUACAGCCGCUGAAGCAGCGGUUUCGGCGGCUAAAGCGGCUGCGACAGUGGUUAGACUGACUGGUGAAGGAAGACCGGGAGUUAUCAACACGCGGGAAGAACGGUUGGCGGCGGUGAAAAUUCAGAAAGUCUUCAGGGGCUCUUUGGCGAGGAAAGCGUUAAGAGGUUUGAAAGGUAUAGUGAAGCUACAAGCUCUAGUGAGAGGAUACUUGGUAAGGAAACGCGCUGCUGCGAUGCUGCAAAAGAUACAAGCUUUGAUCAGAGUCCAAACCACGAUGCGAUCCAGACGCGUCAACCGCUGCCUCAACAAAGAGUACAAAAUGGUCCAACCUCGAGAUUCUUUUGAUAAGUUCGAUGAAGCGAUGUACGAUGCGAGACGUCCAAAGAUUGUAGAGAUGGACGACAGAUACAAAAGGAGAUCGAAAUUUAAGGAAGUGCACAAUGUUGUUGCAAUGUCUGAAUAUGGAAACGAUUUUGUUUACAAAGGGAAUGAUUUGGAGUUGAGUUUCUUGGAGGAGAAAUGGAAGUUUGCGACUGCGCAUAACACACCGAGAUUGUCGUCUUCGUCGCACCAUCACGCAGGUAAUAAUCGCUACAAUGUUACUAAGAGUGUUUGUGGAAACGCUUUGUGUGAGUAUGGAAUGAGUACUCCUGGCUACAUGGAGGAAACGCAGUCGUUUAAGGCGAAUUUGCGUUCGCAUAGCGCACCGCGUCAACGAUCUGAGAGGAAACGGUUGUCUCUAGAUGACGUUAUCGCGUUUAGGAGUAGCGUUAGCGACGAGAGAUUGCUGCAACAGCAACUGCAACUGCAACGCUAUUCUUGUUCCUAUGACCCGCGCUGA